AUCAACAAGUCUAAAAGUUAACCUGAGAAUUGAACCUAAGCCCCACUUGACAGCUCCUAAAGUCACUCACUGCCUUUUUCCAACUUUUUCACAAAAAUUAAAAUACUGAAAUAACACUAUGAUUAUGAAAGAUACACAAAACAGCUUAAAAAAAACAGUUAUUCCCGCUAAAAAGCACUUCCCCGUGAUAACGAAAUCAUUAUACACACAUUUAGAACUGUAAAGCUACAUACAUACACACACACAUUGUGAGAUUUCACUUUCUCAUUCUUUCUUUCUUUUUUCUUUCUUAUUUUCUUUCUUUCUAUUCUCUUCGUUAUUCCUUCAACUUCCAUCUUCAACAACAAUGGUGAAGGAAACUGAGUAUUACGAUAUCCUCGGAGUUUCUCCUUCUGCUACCGAUGAUCAAAUUCGCAAGGCUUAUUAUCACAAGGCAAAGCAAGUUCAUCCUGAUCGAAAUCAAAAUGAUCCGAAUGCUGCACAAAAGUUCCAGAUUUUGGGGGAAGCUUAUCAGGUUUUGAGUGAUCCGGUACAAAGGAAUGGCUAUGAUCAAAAUGGAAAGCAUUCUGUAUCUAGAGAAACUAUGCUUGACCCCAUGGCUGUCUUUGCCCUGCUCUUUGGAAGUGAAUUGUUUGAGGACUACGUUGGACAUCUAGCUGUUGCAUCAAUGGCUGCUUCUGAAGUAGCUGAUGAAAGCGAGGAUUUGCAGGAAAAGCUAAAGGCUGUCCAGAAAGAAAGGGAAGAAAAGCUAGCAAGAUUUUUGAAAGAUUUUCUCGGCCAAUAUGCCCGUGGUGACCAAAAGGGUUUCUACCAGCGAGCAGAAUCUGAAGCAAGACGGCUUUCUCAUGCAGCCUUUGGAGUUGACAUGUUACAUACCAUCGGCUAUAUAUACUCAAGACAAGCAGCACAAGAGCUAGGGAAAAAGGCCCUUUAUCUUGGAGUGCCAUUUCUGGCUGAAUGGGUUCGCAAUAAAGGACAUUUUUGGAAAUCACAGUUAACAGCAGCUAAAGGCGCUUUUCAGUUGCUCCAACUUCAAGAAGAACUCAGCAAGCAAUUUAAAACGGGUGGUAGUUGCCCUGAAAAUGUUGACUCCCAUAUCCGUCUUAAUAAGGAUACUCUGUUGAAUUCCUUGUGGAAGUUAAAUGUAGUGGACAUAGAAGUAACUCUUGCACAUGUGUGUCAAAUGGUGCUAAAGGAAAAUAAUGUUAGGAGAGAAGAACUUAAAGUUCGAGCUACCGCUCUUAAAAUUCUUGGGAAGAUAUUUCAGGAAAAGAAUGCAAAAGGAGAAACACUGAAGAAGAAACUCGCUGUUGAUUCUGAUGACGAAGGAAGCAGCUCUGAUUCAUCAGACGAUGAAUCACACAGAUCACUUACCUAUCGAACUCCUUUUUUCAAUCAGGGUAUCGGUAGGCUCUUCAAAUGCCUUUGCAAUCCAGCAUUUGAUGUGGAUGAUGAUGAAGAGAUAGUUUACAAAGGCAAAUGAUCCAUAUAUACGUAUGGACUGUAUGAAACCAAAGUUCAGCCCUUGUCAAUAUUUCAUUGGAUGACGACAUACUGAAAGAAAUUGUCUCAUACUCCUGAAUGUAGUUUUGUGAAGACAAUGGUGCAAACCAUUAAUAUUUGGUUGUUUGUUGUAAUUACAUUGUCAUCAAAUUUACAUGGGCAUACAUAACACUUGAUCAAAUGUCAAUUUCAGUCAAUUCCACACACCUCUUUUUUUCACUUAUUUCCUCUUUUGUUUGCUAUUCAAUUGAAUGGGACUAGAUUGGAAAUUCAUGACAAACUAUGUGAUUGAUUAACCAUAGUGAUAAUGUUUCUGAGUGAAAGGACUAGACAUUGCUCUA